AUGUUAACAAUCUCAACCCCAGUAGCAUCCGUCAGCAGUAGCACCCGUGAAAACAUUCUCAGCAUCAGUAGCACCCGUGUCAACAUUCUCAGGCUCAGUAGCACCUGUAGCAACUUUUUCAGCAGCAGUAGCACCCGUGUCAACAUUCUGGCAGCCGUGCCAGCAAACAGCAGUAGCACCCGUGUUAACAUUCUCAGCAACAGUAGCACCCGUGUAAAUAUUCGCAGCAGCAGUGGUACCCGUGCCAACAUCGUCAGCACCAGUAGCACCCAUGUCAACAGUCUCAGCAGCAGUGGCAGCCGUGUCCACAUUCUCAGCACCAGUAGCACCUGUGUCAACAUUCUCAGCAUUAGUAGCAGCCGUGUCAGCAUUCUCAGCAACAGUAGCACCUGUGUCAACAUUUUCAGUAGAAGUAGCAGCCGUGUCAAUAUUUGUAGCUGCAGUAUCACCCGUGUCAACAUCGUCAGCAACAGUAACAGCCGUGUUAACAUUCUCAGCCCCAGUAACAGCCGUGUUAACAAUCUCAGUCCCAGUAGCAGCCGUGUCAACAUUCUCAGCACCAAUAGCAGCAGUCAACUAGUAGCAGCCGUGUCCGCAUUCUCAGCAACAGUAGCAGCCGUGUCAACAUUUUCAGCAGAAGUAGCAGCCGUGUCAAUAUUUGCAGCUGCAGUAUCACCCGUGUCAACAUCGUCAGCACCAGUAACAGCCGUGUUAACAUUCUCAGCCACAGUAACAGCCGUGUUAACAAUCUCAGCCCCAGUACCAGCCGUGUUAACAUUCUCAGUAGCAAUAGCAGUAGUCAGCUGUGUUAACAUUCUCAGCGUAAGUAGCAACCGUGUCAACAUUCUCAGUAACAGCCGUGUCCACAUUCUAAGCAGCAAUAACUCCCUUGUUAACAUUCUCAGCAGGAGUAGCACCCAAUCAAUAUUCUCAGCACCAGUUGCACCUGUAGCAAUGUUCUUAGCAGCAGCACCCAGCAGUAGCACCCGUGAAAACAUUCUCAGCAUCUGUAGCACCCGUGUCAACAUUCUCAGGCUCAGUAGCACCUGUAGCAACUUUCUCAGCAGCAGUAGCACCCGUGUCAACAUUCUCAGCAGUAGUAGCACCUGUGUCAACCUUCUCAGACUCACAACUAGUAGCAGCCGUGUCCGCAUUCUCAGCAACAGUAGCAGCCGUGUCAACAUUUUCAGCAGAAGUAGCAGCCGUGUCAAUAUUUGCAGCUGCAGUAUCACCCGUGUCAACAUCGUCAGCACCAGUAACAGCCGUGUUAACAUUCUCAGCCACAGUAACAGCCGUGUUAACAAUCUCAGCCCCAGUACCAGCCGUGUUAACAUUCUCAGUAGCAAUAGCAGCAGUGUCAGUAUACCUCAGCAGCAGUACAGCUGUGUUAACAUUCUCAGCGUAAGUAGCAACCGUGUCAACAUUCUCAGUAACAGCCGUGUCCACAUUCUAAGCAGCAAUAACUCCCUUGUUAACAUUCUCAGCAGGAGUAGCACCCAAUCAAUAUUCUCAGCACCAGUUGCACCUGUAGCAAUGUUCUUAGCAGCAGCACCGUAUCAACAUUCUCAGCAGUAG